AUGUCUCGUUGGAUUUGGUGCCCGCUUUUGCAGCUGCUGCUGCUGCUUCCCCUGGGUUGUGAAGUCCAAGCUCAAGUAGAAAACCGGGUGGUUUUCCUGCCGGGAGCGUUCCAGAACGUGAGCGUCUCUCAGAAUGAGACGGUGCAGGCAGUGGUGUCCCGAAUCCCCCCGGAGGUCGCUUUCAUCACUCUGCAGUUCCACACGCAGCACCGCAACGCCACCCUCUCCUACACCCGGAUGCCAGGCCUGGGUCUUUCCCUAACUGCUGUGGACUUGGGGCUGCUGUCGGCUCUGCAGCCGGGCCAAGUGUCCCUCUCCUUGUUUUUGUCUUCUCCUGAUGGGGACACCGUGGCAGGCACAGGGGUCAUCCUCCCAUACUCCGGCACAGAUCCGGUGCCUGGUGCUUGCAACACGGAGUUCAACCUGGACAUCGACCCAAACGUCUACAUCCACUACAACCUCUAUGAGACCACGAUCCGUUUUGCACCAGCGAACCUAGGAUACGAGAGGGGAGAAACUCCACAGGCCUGCGACAAAUCGACAGAAAGCACCACGCGCUGGCGGCUACAGUAUGACAUCUACCAGUACUUCCUGCCAGAGAACGACCUAUCAGAGCGCAGCCUGUUCAAUGGCAUUCAGGCCGUGGCUAACGUCCAGGGCAUGAUGGAGAACGGCAAACGGGUCUUGACGCUGUUAUCAUCAGACAUGAGCAUGGCCGUGUUCAACUCCAUCCCCGGUCAGGGCGUCAUCUUCUCAGUGGUGGUCAGAGACCCGCUGCUGAACACCUCGGCCUCCUACGUCUCCGCCCACACCUACGCCUGCAGCUUCGCCUCCUCCCUGGACGGCUGUCAAACACUCGGAAAGAUAUCUACUAAGCUUUUCUUCACCGUUGCUGGCUUGGCUGGUCUGUUUGUCUGCUUCUUCGGGCAUCGAUUCUUCAAAUGUGAGUUGUUCUGCAUGGGAUUCAGCUUUGCCAUGUUUUUCUUCUUUGUGCUGAGCAGAAGGACCACAGGACUGGACUAUGACAUGUGUCUGGCCCUGUCGGCAGUGAUCGGCGUGGUGGGCGGCGUCCUCCUGGUGAUGAGCUGGUGGCGUUUCGGUUCAGUCAUGGCCUGCAUCUUCGUGGUUGGACUGAUGCUUGGCUUCCUCAUCGCCUCCACCGUCUUCUUCACUCCUCUUGGUGACCUGGAUUUGUUCAGGCGUUCAGAUGCGGUUUUCUGGGUGACGUUCUGCUGCAUCAUGUUCAUUGUUCCGCUCUUCUUCGUGCGCUGGCCGAGAGAGGGCAACAUCGUGACGUGCGGCAUCGUCGGGGCGUACGCCGUCGUUUUGGCCGUCAACGCCUACGUUUACACCAGCCUGUCCUACAUCACGCUGAACAUCCUCAAGCGCUUCCUCAACAGCAACUACAGCGCCGCGGUCACCGACGUGCCAUUCCAAACCCUCGACUACAUCCUGAUCACGGUGUGGGUGGGGCUGGGCGUGUGCGGCAUCGUGCUGCAGCUGUACCGUGAGCGCUCCCGCCCGUUCUUCCCGCCCAGCCCGUACCUCAUGUGGCUGCAGGAACGCGAGCGGCGCAAGACCAACGUGCUGGACCCGAGCCACCACUUCCCGCCGCUGGCCGACCGCCUGCUGGCCCGAGUGCGCCAGCUCACCAAGAGGACGGAGCCGGCCGGAGAACACACACCCCUGCUCCUGUGAAGGCCGCGCACGCCACUGCGUCUAAAAGGCUCAUUCAGGGUUCACAUUUAGUGCCAUCUACAAGCGGCGGCGGGUCGAUCUGCUUCACUUACCAGCCAUAAAACAAACUAUGGCAGUCUACUGAGUGGCUGGUAACAUCGAAGCGUUCACCGGCUCGUAGACAAAAAAACGUUAUUACACGUGCAUAGGUCUGGACCACAGAGGGGAAGACCCCCCUCCCUCCUACUAAGCGGGAUUUAAAGCACUGACACUGUCCAGGUGGAUUUUAAUUUCUUUAAAUGUAUGCAAAGACUGCGACCUGUUUUAUUUCAUUUUCCCGAACGCCACUUUUUAUUUAACACUGACAUGACCACUGAAACUGUAGUUAUCUUUGAAUGUCUCAAAUGUAGCCAGUGAUGCGUUCACGGUGCCCGCUGCUUCUUGCACUAAAGACCCAAACUACUAAGCGUUACCAAAAGCGACGAGGCAUUUCAUCCGUGGACGGUUGGAGCGAUGGAACAACGGCGUCGUCAGAGCAACAAAACAUCUGCUUUUGUUGUCGCUCAGCUGGCUUCUAAAACUACCGCGUCCACCCCGAUGUUGCAGUUUGGCUUUGAACUACACCCUCUCGGGCCAGACUUGAGUUGACCCUAAAGUUAUUACUGCUUGCGUGAUGAUUUGAUGACUAAGUUCUAAAUGUGCCAUUCAGCCCUGGAUGUCGUGAGGCAGGUCAGUGAACGGAGGACGGACGUCACAAAUAAGCAACAAAA